UUCAUUCCUCAAGUAACUUGGAACACUGUUAUUUCAUUUUAGGUUAAUAUUUUCACUAAGUGAAAUUAACAACACCCAUUUCUUAAACUUGUUCAAUUUACAAAGGUAUGAAUCAAGCUGUAUAACUCAACCACUUUCCUAUAUGCUAUAAUCUAUUUUCAUAAGCUGUUUUGGACGAUUGAUUGGAUUAACACCUUAUAUUUAUAGUCAGUGGCGGAACUGGGGUUGGCAAGGGGGAGCCACCGCCACCCCCAUUGUAUACAAGAAAUUACUAUUAUACCCUUCAGUAAUAUGAGUAAUCCCAAUUCUACUUCAUUUCCUCUUUCCCUUUCUCUUUCAUCAGAAACGCGAUUUUCUGACCAGACCACACCACCGCCGCCGCAAUCACUCUCACCUCCUUCUGCAUCCAUCAACGUCGCAUCCUCCUCCGUUUUCUGUGUGUUGAUUACAGAGUUAUCUCAUCUCUCUCCAUAAACCCUAAUUGUUGUAAAUUAUAAGCACAUAUGAGCAGUACUCGACAACGAACCCUUGGUGGCGGGGGUCAUCAAGUAUUAGACUAUCUGAAGCGCAUGCGAGCAGAGAAUCAUGCUUUCUUUUAUGCAGUCCAGAGCGACGUUGAUAACGCGGGUGGGAAUAUAUUUUGGGCUGAUGAGACAUGUAGAACAAACUACUCUUAUUUUGGGGAUACUGUUAUAUUCGACACAACCUAUAAGACUAACCAGUACCGGGUACCAUUUGCCUCUUUCACUGGGUUUAAUCAUCAUGGUCAACCUGUUUUAUUUGGCUGUGCUUUGAUUCUCAAUGAAUCCGAGCCCUCAUAUAUAUGGCUAUUCAAAACUUGGCUUCGUGCCGUCUCUGGACGCCCCCCUGUCUCCAUUACAACAGACUUGGAUCCUGUCAUACAAGUUGCUGUUGCCCAAGUUCUUCCUCCAACUCGCCACCGGUUCUGUAAAUGGAGCAUAUUCAGAGAAAAUAGAAGCAAGCUGGCACAUUUGUAUCAAUCAAAUCCUACUUUUGACAACGAAUUCAAGAAAUGUGUUCAUGAGAGUGUGACUAUUGAUGAGUUUGAGUCUUGUUGGCGCUCACUAUUGGAAAGAUACUACAUCAUGGAUAAUGAAUGGCUUCAGUCAAUGUACAAUGCACGACAGCAUUGGGUCCCCGUCUACUUGCGGGGCAGCUUUUUUGGAGAAAUACCUUUAAAUGAUGGAAAUGAAUGUUUGAACUUUUUCUUUGAUGGACAUGUGAAUGCAUCCACCACAUUACAGUUGUUGGUUAGACAAUAUGAGAAGGCUGUAUCAACUUGGCAUGAAAGAGAACUAAAAGCAGAUUUUGAAACUUCCAAUAGUAACCCAGUUUUAAGAACACCGUCUCCUAUGGAAAAGCAAGCUGCAAGUCUUUAUACGAGAAAGAUGUUUAUGAAAUUCCAAGAGGAGUUAGUAGGGACUAUGGCAAAUCCUGCUACGAAAAUUGAAGAUUCAGGAACUAUCACCACUUAUCGAGUUGCCAAAUUUGGAGAAAACCAAACAUCUCACACUGUCGCUUUUAAUUCUUCUGAGAUGAAAGCUAGUUGCAGUUGCCAGAUGUUUGAAUAUUCAGGAAUCGUUUGUAGGCAUAUAUUAGCAGUCUUCAGAGCUAAAAAUGUUCUUACACUUCCGUCGCACUAUGUGUUAAAACGCUGGACAAUGAAUGCGAAAACUGGUGUCGUGUUAGAUGAACACACAUCUGAAUUGCCUAACAGUUCACGCGAGUCUGCGACAGUAUGUUACAACCAUUUGCGUCAAGAAGCAACCAAGUACGUGGAAGAAGGUGCUAAAUCAAUCCAAACAUAUCAUGUUGCAAUGAAAGCUUUGCAAGAAGCUGCUAAGAAGGUUUCUACCCUAAAAAAGCAGAUUAUUGGAACAUCAGAGGUACUUACAAUAGCCAACGGAGACAGGAGUGAGUUGCUUACAGGAAAUGAAGAUGUUUCAAGCUAUCAAUCUGUGGCAGAGAAGCAAAAGAAAAUCCGAGAGUUGACUGCCGAGUUAGAGACCACAAAUCAAAGAUGUAAUGUUUAUAGGGCAAACUUGCUGGCGGUGUUAAAGGACAUGGAAGAACAGAAGUUAAAGCUAUCAGUGAAGGUCCAAAAUGCAAGACUUAGUAUGAAAGAGUGACUACAUCAAUUACUGAUAGGUUUUAGACUGUAUCUGUCUAGUUUGAUUUAUGUUUGAUUUGUAUUAGCUUAUUAUGUUGAUAACCUAUGUGCUAUCUUAUGUAUAUGGUUAGAGGUUAAAUUUAAUCACUGUGCUUAAUGCUUAUUAUGUAUUUAUUGAUAUGCUAUAAUUUGAUUGAAUAUUUAAGUUUCACGACAAGUUUUCAAUUAAGGACAUUGUAUUAUUGAAUUCACAAAAAUGCUGACAACCAAUGGAAGAGAAAAUUAAGGGUCAUCCUUAUACCUGAUUUUUUGAUGUAUUGGUUUGCGUCACUUUUACCGAGAGUAUAAUAUAUAUAUUUUUUUGCUUA